AUGAACAGUGAAGCUGGUGGAAGGAAAUUUGAAAUGGCUUCAUCUUCUUCAAACAAGUUCCACCAUGCACGCUCAAACAGCUUGCCCUCUAGGCCUCAUCCCGUAGUUUCACAGGUAGAGGAGAAUUUACACAGCACGAGAGCUUCUGGAGCAGCUAGCUCAACAUCGUCCUUGACCAGCAAUAAGCUCACUGGCCUCCAAGAUCUGCACGAAAGUGUUGAGAAACCUCUUUCACUCGCUCUCGUGCAGAUGGGCGUCACCCAACAGAGCCACGAGAGAUGGGUCGAUGAGCUCUUGGAUGGAUCUCUCAGGCUAUUGGACUUGUGCUGCACUGCCAAGAACAGCCUGUUACAGACGAAGGAAGCUCUCCAAGAGCUUCAGUAG